AUGAAAGUAAAAAAUUCGAACGUUACAUUGAAUCCUGAACUUGAAAUACGCAAACGUAUAAAUGAAACAUUGGAUCGUCAACUUGAAAUAAUAAAACGUACAAAUGAAUUGAAGAGACAGAUCAAAGAAGCAAUACGGCAACAAACACAUGAAGCUUACCAAAGAAAAACACGGAAGCUAGAUAUCGAAUCCGAUUCAUCAUCAACUAAAAAACGUCGUAAUGUGUUUACAUUUCCUGAUUACUUUUGCGAUAUCGAUAUACCCGAUGAAUUGCAAUCGUUCGAUAUGGAUGCAGUAUUAAAUGACAAUAAUUAUAUUAAACAUUAUUCAAAUCAAUUUUCAUCAUAUUCUAAAUUAAAUGAAGAAGAAAUUCAAAAAGGAUUUGAUCAAUUAAUUGUUAAUAUAUUAAAUAUAUUGAAUAAUUCUACAUCAUUGAAAUAUUUAGAUACAUCUUCUUCAUAUUAUUUAGCAAAUAAGUUUAAUCCUCACUAUUUUAUUGUUUCUUUUGGUAACUUAAUGUCUCCAUAUGUUUCUUUAUCAGCAGAUUCAAUGAUUGAAGAAAUAUUACAAUAUUUGACAAUGAUAUUGACAGUACAACAUCAUGAAAAGAUAUAUGGUUUUCUUAGUAAUUAUACACACAUCAAAUUUUUUUAUGUGAAAAAGAAAUCCGAUUCGGAAUGGUAUGAAUUUUUUCAAAGCCAAGAAUUAGAAAUGUUUACUUAUUCGUCCGAAACAUUAUCGUCUAUUGAUACGUCAACAACAGUAACAACAACUGAAAAUACAAGAAAAUUAGAUGUUAAUAAAGAUACAUGGAAAAUAUUUACAAAUUUUUUAACAAUGAAUACUGAUUUUUAUCAAUAUACAAGAUUAAAUAUAGAUCCUCAUGAUGAUUUACUUGGUGAUCGAUAUAUACGAUAA